GCAUGGGGGCCCGCUGGUCCAGCCAGUCUAACCAAAACAGUGAAGGUUGUGAAAGAGCCUGUCUCAAAAAAAUAGAGAAACAAUUGAGGGAAACAAUUUCUCUCCCUCUUUUUUACACACACACACACGUGCACGCACGUGCACACACACAACUGGAAAGAGAAUUUUUGAAGCGACUUCCACAAACCUGGCUAUGAACAGGCUUUGGCUCAGGCCGUGGCCCCUCUUUGAUCAGACACUAGGUCCAGCGUGAUCUACGUAGCCAGGCUGAGCCUGCCAACCUGCGCAAGACAGAUCGCAGAUGUGAAGAAUCGGUGUGGAAACACCCUGUGGUGGAGCCGAGCCCUCCCGUUGGCUUUUAUUGCCCAGCUGGGGGGGGGGACCUUAUCUAUUAUUUCAAACCCCGCCCACCCUCAUCUCACCACCAGUGAGCAAACAGAAAGAUAAAGGGUUUUUCGCUAUUGUUUAUUGCUGUUAAAAUUUAACCUUGAUUAAGAUUUAGAGAACCAUUUCUUCAGUCCCCAAGACGUAUCUUGAAGUAAGGAAUUUUAUUUUAUAAGCAUACAUACUAUUAACUUGAAAAAUUAUCUUUCACCCCCACCCCUACAUGAAAGGUUUCUGCCCACAAGGUCACCCAGUGUACUCUAUCAGGGACAUCUGUCUUAGGCAGCUGCUCUGACAACUUGCCCUUUUGGUAAGAACUGCUACAGGGCGGGUUGGGCCACCUCUCUGCUCUUAGGCAACCCCAGAGCAGUGUCCUGAGAUGUUACCUGGAUGGAGCUUUGCACGGCAUACUGCUGAACUAGAGUUAGGUGUCCACAGGUCAGGGCCGCAGACGGACAGCGUCUGGAGUGGAGCUGCUGGAGCAGGCUCUUUUUAUGGGAGGUGAUGAGUGUGAAACCCCGAGAAGUCUGGUGGUUUGCUCAGAGCCCCAAAGGUAGUCACUCUGCUCAGGUCACUUAGCUGAACACCUCCUGCACUUGCAGGACUAGGCAGGAAGCAUUUAGGUAAUUUGAUUGCCAGUCUGUCUUCGUGGACACACAGACAAGGCAGCCUCAUCAUGAGAACUCUCUUGUGUGUUAAAGCAGAAACCAGCUGCCUUUUGGAGAACAUGUGGAGGGCCAGCACAGCUGAAGACUUGUCAGGGUAGACCAGAACACUUUGCCACUGACCAUUCGGUGUAGAAUUUCAGGCCAUGCCUGCGUCUGGACAAAGCUGUAGUCCGGGGUGAACAGGAAUGCUGUUGAGCGCUGCUGUAUAAUUUUAGCUGUUCCUGGUUGUCCCUUUCCCAUGUGCCUUGGCGACGCAGAAAAGCAGAGUCCACAGCAGAAUCACACAUGUCUCUUCAGACUUCAGCAUACUGCAGCUUUAGUCUUAGUUUGGUUUUCCUGUUGGCGGGAAAGGGAUUUUAAUUUUUCAUGGAAGGAGAUGCAGAGUUUGGAAAGCAGAGUCAACAGUGGCGAGGAAAGGAAGAAUCUGACUCGGUCCUUCCAAAAGGUCAAGAGGAGAGCAUCCUAAGACUUAAGCCAGGGGGCUGGAGAGAGGGUUCAGUGGCUAAGAGCACACACUGCUCUUACAGAGGAUCCACGUACAAUUCCCAGCACCCAUAUUGGGCAGCUUACGACUGCCUGUAAUUCCAGCUUCAGGGAACCUGAUGCCUCAGGCCUCAGAGGGCACCAGCACUAACAUACAUGUACAGAUGUGUUCACAGAUACACACAUAACCAUAAAGUAAAUCGUCUUUGUCUUUAAAGACUUGGCAGAGAGAUGGCUUCUCUCUUUCCUUAGUUGGCAAAGUACUUGUGCACAAGCCUGCAGACCUGAAUUUAGGUCCCCAGUACUCCCACACAAAGCAGAGUUCCCAGGCAGCAUGUGCCUGGAACCCCAGCGCUGGGGAGGUAGAGGGAGGAAGAUCCCUAUAGCUUGAGAUCCAGCCAGUCCAGCCAAAUGGGAGCUCCAGGCUGAGUAAGACCUUGUCUCAAAAGAUAAAGUGGGAAAGUGAUUGAGGAAAACUGCUGAUGUCAACCUCUGGUCUCCAUGUUUACAUGAACCUACACCCCCCCACACACACACACAUUCAUUCACUCACUCACUCACUCACUCACUCAGGCGGUUGUCAGCUAGGUGAGAAAAGCCCCACUCAGCCAGGCCCCUGUUUCAGGAGGGGCCUAGAGCUCAAGCAGGUCAGGGUGUUAGUUCUCAGGGUUCUCUGAACACAUGACCUGAUCAGCUUUGAGAUGAAGCUUAGGAAAUCCAUCUGGCUCCACAUCCAAGGAUAAACCUCAGGGCCGAAGCAAAAAGAACAGGUUACUGAUAAUGUUUAGGAAGCAAGUUUGGAAUCUGGCUUCUCAGAGGUGUCUUGCAGAAAGAACUGCAAGGAUUGCAGCAGUUCCCAACCAGGCAUGCUGCCCUGAAGUGAAGUUAGGGACCCGAGACUCCGAAGGCACCUGUGCACCUGCACCUGCAUGGACCAGGUUGUGUGUCCCUAAAUUCAUGUUGGAACGCUUACCCCAAGUACCACGGAAUGUGGGUUUUAGAGACAGGGCCUUUAAGGAAAAGAUAAACUGAGAUGAAGGCAUUGUGGGGAGUGCGGGGAGUGCUAAUGUAGUCUGCUAGCAUCCUUACAAGACAGGGCUAGGCUGUGCCGGGAUGCACCGGGCGAGAAGGCCAUUAGGAGCUAAGACAGAGGUCUCAGCCGAAGCCAGCUCACCACUGCCUUUAUCUCGGAUGUUUACCCCCCAGGGAUCACAGGAAAAUGAAUUUCUGUUAUUUCAGUCACCACUCUUUGGGAUUUUAUUACAGCUGCCCUAGGAAACUAAUACAGACAGUGUCUACAGAUCACAAAGCCACCAUCGACGUGAACAGACCUUCAUAGUGCUUUUGUUUGUUUUCCAGUCCUGGAGAUGAAGCUGGCUCUCAUGCAUGCUAAGCUGUACUCAUGGCUUCCCCUUUAACUGUGCACAUGCAUGCAGGAGACCAGAGUGCAGGAGAAGGAUCGCUUGGAGCUGGAGUUAUCCAUGUGAGUGUAGGAACUGGAAGAGCAGUGUGCACUCUUGACCACUGGGCCGUCUCUCCAGCCUCUUCUUUUGUUGUUGAAGUCUCACUGAGUUGCCCAAGCUGGCCUAGCACUCAUCCUGUAGCCCAGACUAGCUUUGCACUCAACAGCAUCCUGCCUCCACCUCUUGUUCAGCUCUUCCUCAUUCUAAAGAAGGCAUUUCCGCACCAAGAUACUGAUCUUUACUGUUAACUUGUGAAUGUGAUGGCAUCUCAAUAAAGAUUCAAGAACUGUUUUGUUUCCAGAAGGUCUCGGGUAGUGACUAAAGCUCUUUGGAAAGAGAAGCAUGUAGCUAAACACAGGAGGAAAACCAACAGGGGCUGGCCUGUCAGGCAUUGAAACCCUUUAUUAAUACGGUGGUGUGGGCCGGGUGGGGGUGGUGCGUGCCUGUAAUCCCAGCACUCACGAGGAAGAGGCAGGAGCAUCUCUGUGAGUUCACGGCCAGCCUGGCCUACAGAGUGAGUUCCAGGACAGCCAAGGUUACACAGAGAAACCCUGUCUUGAAAAACCAAAUGCACACACGUGCAUAGUUAACCAAAAGUAAUUAAAAACACCACCACCAAUAAAAACAGUGGCGUGGCCACAGACUAGAGCAGAAUGGAAUGUCUGAAAACAGAACAGACACAGGACACUAUGGAAAGUUAGCGGCUCAGUCCCCAGGACAGAGAUAGCCUCUUAAUCAGUGGCAUUUAAGGUGGCUGGCUAACCAUUCAGAAAAAAGGUAAAAUUAGAUGCAUUCCUCAUACCACAAAUAAAACCAGUGGAUCAGAAACCUAAAUAAAUUGAGAAACUCUGCGUGUCCCAGAAGGGUACAGGGAUAAAUUCUUCCAUUCAGCAUGGGCAUACAAGAUUUUAUAACUUCAAAUUCAUAACACACACACACAUGCACACACGCACACAACACAAGAAGGAUGACCAAACAGGAAGCUGGACAGCUACCCUGUGAGGAGGUUAGAAGAGGGAACUGAACAGAAGAGAUGGGAGAUGUAUUGUUCUGACCUUCGGAACCAUGUUAGUGUUUUCUGGAUUUGGGAAUGGGGGAAUCAGUGAGGACUGACAAUAAGUUGUGCCUGUAAGCCUAACCCUGAAAGUGGGAGUCAUACCCAAACAAACUUUGAGCAAAUGAAAAUGAACCCACGUAUUUUGCGCAUAAAAAUAAAUUUGAAAAGAAAACAAAUUCCUAGGUGUAGUUUAUAAGCUGGUAUGAAUAUAGUAGUUUUGAAGAAAAUAGUGUAUUUAAGGGAAUUCAUGAAUGUAUUGAAACUGGGCCAGGCAUGUUGACCCAUGCCUAUAAUAAUCCCUGUGUGCGGGAAGUGGAGGCAGGAGGAUCAGGAGUUCAAAGUCAUCCUUGGCUACAAGUUUGAGGCUAACCUGGUCUAUAUGAGUCACUCUCAAAAGUUCCAAACGAUUAACUACGUAAUAAUGAAGGAAGGGAAAUACAACGUAGAUGAGCUGGGUUGGACUUGGGGAGAGCAUUGCAUACAAAGUGCUUCUGCACACACCCCAAUGUGCACACAUACGGCUUAGAGUUAGUGUGACUUCAGAGUCUAUGAUGUUCCUCAUUAAAAGGAACCAGGGACCCAGAGACGAAGAGGAGGAAGUGAGGCAGAAGCCAGAAGCACCGGGUUUCGAAAAUCAGAGAGAUGCUGACCCCAUGCCCCUGAGGCGCAGCGGCUGCCAUGGCCAAGUACCUGGCCCAGAUCAUUGUGAUGGGUGUGCAGGUGGCGGGCAGAGCCUUUGCCCGGGCUCUGAGGCAGGAGUUUGCAGCAAGCCAGGCAGCCGCUGGUGCUCGGGGUCGUGCUGGGCACCAGUCUGCAGCUGCAUCCAACCUCUCUGGCCUCAGCCUUCAAGAGGCCCAGCAGAUUCUCAGCAUCUCCACGCUGAACCCUGAGCGGGUCCAGAAGAAUUAUGAAUACCUGUUUAAGGUGAACGAACGGUACGUCCGUGGGAGGCUCCUUCUACUUGAGUCAAAGGUUGCUCGUGUGAAGGAACGUCUAGAUGAGGAACUCCAAAUACAAGCCCAGGAAGAGAGAGAGAAAGGGCAGGUGCCCAAAACGGGACUGCUGGCCACUCCCACCGCACCCAUUUAUAGCUUGGUAAUAAAUGUCUUUUCCAUGUUAAAAAAAAAAUCUGGGAUGCUUAAAGAGUGGUAGCAUGUUUUAGAAGGCAUAAAGAACAAGCAGCAGCCAAUUGUAGGACACAGUGAUCCACAAAAAUAGACAAGAAUAGGAACAUUUCAGCCCAUUUAUCAAGAAUUCACAAAUGCAUGCCAGUGGCUAUUAGAGAUGAGAAAGAGGCAGGAGAUGGGGAAGCCCCUCCUCAUGGUAGAAUUCUGACUCCAAAAUAAGAAUAAUGGAACGAAAGAAAAGUCAUGUUACAACCAUCUGAGCAAAGGUUGACUCAAGCAAAAAUCUACAUUCAGGGUUGAUGAAGUCUGAUGAGAAAUGGAAAGUUUACUCAGUCUGGAGGGUCUGCCGACUGGUAAUUACAAAAAGACGCAGUAGCUGUGGAUGGUAGGUGAACUGGGCAAUAGUCUAACCAAGCAGUUGAAAGGGAACAGGCAAAUGAUUGGCUUCUGGGUAUGUACCUAGAGAAGGGCGUAACAUCACCUGCAUAGUAUGGUAGCCUAGAACCACGGGGUUUAAUUAUAAAGAACUGUCAGAGGAACCCAUGUUGAAAGGCAGUCUGUAAAAUCACUGAUAAAUACAUCAGUGGUUACUGUGUCAGUAAUGGUCUCAGGUAUGUGUAGAAGUCAGUCUGACUGUGUACCAGUUACUCUUGACUGUUGUGGAGUUAAGGAGCAGACAGUGUACAGUACCUGCUCUCAGAGUGUUUGGGGCGGGUGGGAAGUGUUUGGAGCAGAAGGGAAGAGAAUGAAUGACUUAGUAAAUGUGGCAAACUUAAAAUGGGAUCAGGCAGGUGAGAUGGCUCACUGGGUAAUGGGGCUUGCCGUGCAGACUUGGAGACCUGAGUUCAACCCCAGAACCCAUGAACCCAUGUAAAGGUAGAAGGUCAGAACUGACUCCAUGAAGUCCUGUGACCUCCACACGCUCUGCACACGGCACACCCCCCCACAAUCAUCAUCUUAAUGAUGAUGAUAAUGAUAAGCUUUAAAGGUAAAAGAGAAAAAUAAAAGUGGGUGAAUCUGGCUACAGGGGAUAUACAAGAGUUAACUACUAUGGGAGUUUAUGUUAAAAUAAGAAGUGACUGAAAAGAAUGGUCACAGAAGCUUUAAUACAGUGAUCCCUUCCUAGAAACAUCCCAGGUCAUCUGUAGGUAAAACUGUAUCAUCAGAUAAAUUAAAGACACAUAGAAUAAUUCAUAAAACUGAGUGAAUCUCACAAGUAUAAUGUUGAGCCAAAGAUGAGUCAGGGGGUUAUAACAAUCUAUUUAUUUGAAGAUUUGUGCAUCUUACUAUGGAUUUAGAAUAGCUUAGUUUACUAGAGGUGCCUGGGCCUCCAUCAGCAGAGACAGAGUCUCUUAAAGUGUAGUUCAAUGGUAAUGCCCAUGCUUAGUGUACACAAGGCACCAAGUCUGACCCACAGCACCAUGAAAACAUAAAACAGUCAGAGAUGAGAAAAAGGCCACCUGUCACGUUCAUCGAUCUGGAGUGUCUUCGCUGUGCUUGAUAGUUCAUGUCCACGGUCAUCUAAACACUGAUUGAUCUCUGUGAUGUACUGGGUCCAUCUCAGCACUGUGCCUUGAUGCAGAUCACUACCAAACAAGAUGGCAGCAGGAAGUACAGUGCCCUUUCCUGUCAUGAAGUCCGUUUUACCCCCCAUGGCCACCGCCCCCUGCUGGCAGUAGGAGCAGUUAAGUUCCCCGUCCUGGAGCUGUUAGGCAAUGAGGGCUGCCAAAGUAGGUGCCUUAGGAAGAAGAGUCCGCCUGAUGUAAGGGGAACCUGCUAAUGUUGCUUUGCUGCAAGUAGUUACUGGACCUCCAGCUGAUGACCAGGAAAGGCAGGCUGGGCGAGUCCCAGCACCUGGGAGGUUCUUCUCAGCUGCCUAGCUCGUUCAAGGGCAGCAUGGGCUCCAUGAGGCCUAGUCACCAAAGGAAAGAAAAAGGGAGAAAAGAAGAGAAGGAACAAGUGAUUGGGGUGGCCAGUUCAGAAGUGCUAACUCAGGCUGCAGCGGCUAAAAGACAAAGAAUGUUUGUGUGUCCAUCAGUAAUUCAAGACACUAGGCUGUAUGAGAUGGGUCUCUGCUGGCAGUAGGAGGCCUUUACCAGGGGUUUCUUUGACACAGUGUCCACCUCAGUUAACUGUUGGAAGGUAGAAGUAGAAAAUAAUUCUUGCGCCGGGCGGUGGUGGCGCACGCUUUUAAUCCCAGCACUCGGGAGGCAGAGCCAGGCGGAUCUCUGUGAGUUCAAGGCCAGCCUGGGCUACCAAGUGAGUCCCAGGAAAGGCGCAAAGCUACACAGAGAAACCCUGUCUCGAAAAACCAAAAAAAAAUAAUAAUAAUAAUUCUUGCUUUGCACAGAUUCCAUCACUAUGCAAGAAAUAAAUUAUAUUUAUUAUACUCGAAUAGCAAGGGGAAUCCACAAGUGUUAUCACUUUAUAAUAAUUGACAAAUGAGAUGUAGUGUGAGGAAUUUUAAUACUUUCCCAAACCAUUUUACCAAGUUGGCAGCUAAGUCAGUGACAGCCCAUGUGUUGUGCAUGCCUUCCAGUAGAAGCACUGUAGAGCAGGAACAAGGUUCCUGGAGAGCCAACUCCACAUCUAAUGUCACCAAACAUUCCUUUAGGGAAGUGUGUCGGGGGUCCUGGCCACCAUCCGCAGUAACCAAUUUAAAAUCUCCUUCCUUCUCUCAUGUGGUUUUAACACAUGUUGCUUCUCUCUACCGUUUGCAGACCACAAGAACAGGAGGGCUUCCCAAGGUCUUUGUCACUGAGCGGAGCCACCCCGUGACCCUGGAGGACACCUUGGGGUCUGGUGACAUUCCCCAGGGUAGGGUUCUAUAAGUCAACAUUAGGCAGCCAUCCCUCCUAGGGUGCCAUAUGGUGAUGGCUCUGUCAGGAUUUUCUGCGGUUAGCCGGGCUAGUUUCAUCACCCAAGCUCUUAGCUUUCCGAAGACAGCUUUUUGCUUCUGUCUUAGUCUUGGGUCUUCAGCCGGCAAACGUAACUAUACCCUCUGCAUCCUCCUUGGUCCUGUUGUGUGGUGUUGAGGACCACGGAGAAGUGGGUGCAUUCAUCCAAGUCCUCACAGAAAGGAUGCUUCUAAGUAUGGCUGCCAGGACAUCCCCGAACCUCAGAGGCUGUGUAACUGACUGCCUUCCCUGGGCUUCGGUGUCACAUGCUCAUUGUUUACUGCUUUUUAUUUUAAAAGGAGUUAAUGUGUCGAUUACAACACUUAAUGGUAAAUAAUACCAUUCAAUACAUAUCAACUCAGAUUUGAGCAGACUGUUACAUGAGAGUAUCAGUGUCGAUAUGUACAUAUGUAAACAGAGUGGCCCAGGCUGGACUCCAACCUCGGAUCCCUUUGCCUUAGCCUCCCUCCUGAGUACUGGGAUUGUGAGUGUAUGCCAGUGUGUGUGUGUGUGUGUGUGUGUGUGUGUGUGUGUGUGUGUGUGUGUGAAGGGGUACACAUGCCACAGUGCACAAGCGGAGGUCAGAGACCAACCCUGUGGAAUCGGUCUGUCCUUCCACCUUUACCUGAGUUCCAGGGAUCAAAUUCGGUCUCUUACUGUAUGACAGACCCUUUUACCCAUGAAGCCAUCUGGCUAGCUGGUGAUAUAUAUUGUUAAUUAUGCUUUAGCUUUUUUGUGAAUAGGAAAAUUAAAAAUGGAAUAAAGCAACUAAUUUUAAUCUGAAACUGUCUUCCCAGUGGCGCUGCCUUUAGGCUGGGGUCCUGUGAUCUAGGCUGUCCUCUGGAGCGGAGAGUCACUUUCCUCGGACAGCAGGGUGGAGGUCAGGUCAUUUGCCCUCACCUACCAUGAGGUAAUGACUGGUUCUCACUUCUCUCACUUGUCCCUGUUCUCUUCCCGU